AUUCAUUUUUCACAUUGCAGGCCAAAAAAUAGUGUGAACAGUGUGAAGAAAAUCAAAAGCGAGCGAUGAUUCCAGAGUCACAUGGAUAACUCCUGAACGCCCACAAUUGUACACAUUGCAAACAAGUCACAGCUGACGCCAUCACAAUUCUCCAGACUCGCCCACAAUCUCUACUAUAUAUCCCAAGCGAUUCUUCCCCAAUCAACCAAAACCAAAAGCAAACAAAACCCAUAUACUGAAAUAUCGACCCGGUUUAAUCGUGUAGAAAUGGAUGAAACUGUGGAUAACAAACAGAUUGUGCUGAAAGAGUACAUUCGAGGGUAUCCCAAGGAGAGUGAUAUGGCUACCCAAGUUUCCAAAAUGAGCUUGAAAGUACCUCAUGGGUCUAAUGGGAUUGUGGUCAAGAAUCUUUAUUUGUCAUGUGACCCUUAUAUGCGCUCUCGUAUGACUAAAUCAACAGCUGUUUACGUUGAGGCUUUCACUCCUGGUCAGCCUAUUGUGGGAUAUGGGGUGGCGAAAGUUGUGGAUUCAGGGACCCCAAAGUUCAAGAAAGAUGACUUGGUAUGGGGAAUGACUGGAUGGGAAGAGUAUAGUCUCAUUACAAACACAGACACUUUGUUUAAAAUAGAGCACACAGAUGUGCCUCUUUCCUACUACACGGGCUUGUUAGGUAUGCCUGGUAUGACUGCUUAUGCUGGUUUCUAUGAGGUGGCUACACCAAAGAAAGGAGAAUAUGUUUUUAUUUCAGCCGCAUCUGGAGCAGUUGGUCAACUUGUUGGACAGUUUGCAAAGCUUUUUGGCUGCUAUGUUGUUGGGAGUGCUGGAAGUAAAGAAAAGGUUGACCUUCUGAAGAAUAAAUUUGGAUUUGACGAGGCUUUUAAUUACAAAGAAGAGAAAGACCUUGCUGCUGCAUUAAAAAGGUACUUUCCUGAUGGCAUUGACAUUUACUUUGAGAAUGUUGGAGGAAAGAUGCUUGAUGCUGUGCUUCUUAACAUGAGGCCCCAUGGGCGCAUUGCUGUGUGUGGGAUGAUCUCUCAGUACAACCUUGAAAAUCCCGAAGGCGUACACAAUUUAACGCAAGUCAUUGUGAAGCGACUCCGUGUCGAAGGGUUUCUUGUGUUUGAAUACUACCAUCUUUAUCCCAAGUUUCUGGAGAUGGUUCUGCCAUAUAUAAAGGAAGGGAAGAUAAAUUAUUUGGAAGACACAGCUGAAGGGCUGGAGAGUGCUCCAGCGGCUCUCAUCGGGCUUUAUUCUGGUCGUAACAUCGGUAAGCAAGUGGUCGUCGUUGCUCGUGAAUGAAUCUGUUAAUCUACAUCUGGAUUCGGGAUCAUAGAAUUAGUAACUGUCAGUUCUACUUUUCUGCAAGGAAGAUGUUAAUGUGGCGCUUGCUUAGUUUUCGAAUUUGUAUGCAAUUUUAUGACACCAGAAUAAUGUAUAUGCUAAAGUUUGUGUAAUAAGCGGAUUUUUUAUAUAAUAACUUCUUUCAUUUGGGAAGUA